UUUUUUUUAAUAAAAAAAAGUAAAAAAUGUUGUAGCAGGAGAAUCGUUCAAUAACAAGAUUUUUCGAGAAACGUUUGUAAUCGGCGCAGGGAAAGGAAUCGAAAAUAUAGAGCAAUGAAGAAGCUGUCAAGGAAGUUGCGCAAUGAAGAAGACAAAAACUUGUCUCUUCCGGUUCACGAUGGAGACUCUCGUCCCUUGGACCCUCAAGAGCAAGAAGAGCUGGUUCGUUCUCUAGAAAGGAGUCAAGCUCAGCAGAGUCGCUUAUGGAGGAGGGUAUUUGCUGCUCUAUUCUUCUGUUACAUCGUGUUCCUUAUGUACUCCAUCGUCAAUCAGGCUUCCUCUCCGUGGGAACUGCGGUAUCACGCUUACUUCAUGGAGGAGAUCUACUCAUGGAUGAUUAUAUCUGCAGACUGGGUGGCUGUUUUAGCAUGCUCAUUUGCCAUCAUAGGAUUGCUUCAUGAGUCGAUGCAUCGCAGGAGAUGGAUCCAUUACUCCUGGUACACUGGCGUUAUUCUGGCAAUCUUCUGGCUAUAUUACAUGUUGAGGUUGCCGAAGUUCCGUUGGGAUGUUAUAUGGCUACCAUUUGGUCCUCUUGGUGCAUCUGCAAUCUGCCUCUAUGUGGAUCAUUUACUAACUGAGUCAUCAGAAGAGGUAAGAAAGCUUCGUGGAUACAUGUAUACCUCCAAAGCAAGCUAGAAAGAUGUUAUGCCUAAGUGAUGGAGGAAUGUACAUGAGAAGCAUUUUGGAGCAUAAUGACCAGAUAAAUUGUAAACUAUUUUCCGUCUAUCAUAUGGAUUGAGCCUAAUAUCUUUGUCAGCCAACAGCUCAAACCAGAGAUGAUUUCUUUUUUGGAUUCAGUUACUCUUUUUUCGUAUUUCCUUUGGUUGGAUAAAAGCAGUUGAAGAUAGGAAAGUCACUAAGAUUAGAGACCAGCUACUAGGUGACGUUUGGAGGUAAUAGCAUUUGUUUUUGUGCGAAUAAGUUAGUAACAGUUUUAGAUCCUGUACAUGAGAAUAGUUUAGCAUUUACUGGUUAGCGAGUAAAUCACUUAUCUAUCAAUGUUUCAAUGAAUAAGUAGCAUUUGCUUUUGGAAAUAUUCCGUUGAGACGUGUAUUAUUUUUCUACCA